GGGGCGGGCGGGCGGCAGCGGGGGAGGCGGCGGCCCCGGCCCCGGAGCGGCUCGGACGAUGCUGCUGGACGCCGGCCCGCAGUUCCCGGCCCUCGGCGUGGGCACCUUCGCCCGGCACCACCACUCGGCCGCGGCGGAGAUGCAGGACCGGGAGCUGAGCCUGGCGGCGCAGAACAGCUUCGUGGACUCGGCGGCGGCGCACAUGGGCGCCUUCAAGCUCAACGCCGGAGCCCACGACCUCUCCCCCGGGCAGAGCUCGGCGUUCACCUCGCAGGCUCCCGGCUACCCCGCCGCCGCCCUGGGUCCCCACGCCGCCCACGUCGGUUCUUACUCCGGGGCUCCUUUCAACUCCACCCGGGACUUCUUGUUUCGCAGCCGCGGCUUCGGGGACUCGUCGCCGGCCGGCGGGCAGCACGGCAUCUUCGGCCCCGCGGCUGGCAGCCUGCACCACCCGCACACGGACGCUCAGAGCCACCUCCUCUUCCCGGGCAUCCACGACCAGCACGGCCCCCACGCCUCCCAGAACGUCCUCAACGGGCAGAUGCGCCUGGGCUUGCCGGGAGAGGUGUUCGCCCGCUCGGAUCAGUACCGGCAGGUCUCCAGCCCCAGGACUGACCCGUACUCGGCGGCUCAGCUGCACAACCAGUACGGCCCCAUGAAUAUGAAUAUGGGCAUGAACAUGGCAGCCCACCACCACCACCACCCAGGUGCCUUUUUCCGCUACAUGCGGCAGCAGUGCAUCAAGCAAGAGCUCAUCUGCAAGUGGAUCGACCCCGAGCAGCUCAACAACCCCAAAAAAAGUUGCAAUAAAACUUUCAGCACCAUGCACGAAUUGGUCACCCACGUCUCGGUGGAGCACGUUGGGGGACCCGAGCAGAGCAACCAUGUCUGCUACUGGGAGGAGUGUCCCCGGGAAGGCAAGCCCUUCAAAGCGAAAUACAAACUGGUCAAUCAUAUCCGAGUGCACACGGGAGAGAAACCCUUCCCCUGUCCCUUCCCCGGCUGCGGAAAAGUUUUCGCCAGAUCAGAAAACCUCAAAAUUCACAAAAGGACGCACACAGGGGAGAAGCCCUUCCAGUGCGAGUUCGAAGGCUGCGACCGGCGCUUCGCCAACAGCAGCGACCGCAAGAAGCACAUGCACGUCCACACCUCGGACAAGCCCUACCUGUGCAAGAUGUGCGACAAGUCCUACACGCACCCCAGCUCCCUGCGCAAGCACAUGAAGGUGCACGAAUCGUCCCCGCAAGGCUCUGAAUCCUCCCCGGCCGCCAGCUCCGGCUACGAAUCCUCCACGCCGCCGGGGCUGGUGUCCCCCAGCGCCGAGUCCCAGAGCAACACCAACCUCUCCCCGGCGGCGGCGGCGGCGGCAGCGGCGGCGGCGGCGGCCGCGGUGUCCGCCGUGCACCGGGGAGGAGGCGGCGGCGGCGGCAGCGGAGGUGGCGGAGGCGGCGGCGGCCACAGCGGGCUCUCCUCCAACUUCAACGAGUGGUACGUGUAGAGGGGGCCCCGCCGGACUGCUCUGCACGGCCCCCGGCAGCAGGGACCGAGCCCGCCGGAGAUGCGCCGGGAGAUGCCGCCGCACCCGCCGGCAGCGAAACGACGACCGGGCACGGGGGGGCUUCAUCUCCCCACACCCCUCCGGUCUGCGGGCCUUUUCUUGUUCUUGCUGUUGGACUUUUUUUUCCUUUAUUUUUUUUCUUCUGAUUUUUUUUUUGAGGACAUUUUGAACCAGCAAAACAAUUUUUUUUAAUUCUAUAAAACUACGUGCUGAAAAACGUAAGAGAAUGAGUAAAUAAAUAGAGGAACGGAAAGGGGGGAGAGAGAGAGAGAGAAACAACCCCAAACGCCACCAACGCAUCACCCAGCGAAAAGCUCCUUAAGCCGGCGGAAAGAAACUCUCCCUCCGGAGCCUCCAGACAAAAGAUCAGAGACUCCAACCCCUCCGGCCCCUGCGCCUCCCUCCCGGAGCUGCCAGAGCCCUCCCGCCCCGCCAACUCUGUACAUAGGGCCCUCUCCUUCCUCCGGCGAGGUGGGCAACGAAGUUUUCCUGGAUUCUUGGUGUAUAGAAGUUCGUCCCGUUUGUAAACCGCGGAUUGGUCCCCUCCUCCUCCUUCUUUUUUUUUUUUUCUUUCUUUCUAUUUUUUAUUCCUCUUACCCCCCUCCCCGAGAAAGUGAUGGACUUGUUUUCAUUUCUCCUCCUCUCCUUCCUUGCUUCCCUCUCUCUUCCUUUUUUUUUUUUUAGUUCACCCCUUUAAAAAAAAAAAAAAAGUAACGUGGAAGGAAAAAAAAUGGUUUCUUUUGUAAUCGUGAUAUCUUGAAUAUUGUGUUCCUUUUUAAGAGGCAACUUGAUUGUAAACUGCAUUUCAACUAUAGACCGGGGAAGAAAUACCGUGCCAAAGUCUCCAUUCUGUUACUCGCAGACACACACACACGAACAACAACGCUUGUGAAUGUAUUUUUUCUGUUAGCUGGGUUUACAUGUGAUGUUUUAGUGCUUUUGCAAGUUCAAUUUGUUAGUUCCUGUUCGAAAGAUUGUGAGGAAAAAUAAACGUCGUGCCGUUAGCUUUUCCGUAAUAACACCCUUCCUCCUGUAAAUACCUGUUACCAUAUUUAUCCAUUUGUAAUUAAAUUAUGGUAUUAACUUGCUACAGAGGAAACAGUAUUUAUAAAGAAUGUUUCUUAACUAUAAAUAUGUACAAUUGUGAGCAUAAACUGUUUCAGAUUUUUUAUUUGAAGGUUUAAGUGAUUUCAUCAUUUCUUGUGAUAUGUUUUGAGAGUAAUGCAUACAGAAAUAUAAUAAAACGUGUUGA